UUGGGGGCCGGACCGUCGCGCGGCAACGCCGGGAGCCGGCGGAAAUGGGGCUCGUGUCCCGCGGCACGGCCGCGGCGGGGCUGGGGGCCGGGGGCCGCGAGCGCUGUCGUCCGCUCGGGCCGGCCCGACGCGGUCCCCGACCCCAUGCCGACUCCGCCGCCUGAGAGCGCGGCCCCGGGGAACAGCCGCGUGCCCGGCAUGGUGCUCAAGGCCUUCUUCCCCACGUGCUGCGCCUCGGCCGACAGCGGCCUGCUGGUGGGACGGUGGGUCCCGGAGCAGACCAGUGCUGUGGUCCUGGCUGUGGUGCACUUUCCCUUCAUCCCCAUCCAGGUGAAGGAGCUCCUGGCUCGGGUGCAGCAGGCCAGCCAGGUGGGGGUGGCCGUGCUGGGCACCUGGUGCCACCGCCGGCAGGAUGCCGAGGAGAGCCUGGGCCACUUCCUGGAGGGCCUGGGCGCCAUCUUCUCCCAUGAGCCCUGGCUCCAGCUGUGCCGGGAGAGGGGCAGCAAGUUCUGGAGCUGCAAGGCCACCCGCCGGCAGGCACCUACCUGCCCCGGUGCCCCCGGCGAGGACCAGGUCAUGCUUGUCUUCUACGACCAGCGCAAGGUGCUGCUGUCCCAGCUGCACCCGCCCGUGGCCCUGCCUGACCACCAGGCUGGCGAUGCCAUGGCCGGUGCUGGGGGCUUGGCUGCUGUCUUUGACACGGUGGCGCGCAGUGAGGAGCUCUUCCGAAGUGACCGGUUCGACGAGGGCCCCGUGCGGUUGAGCCACUGGCAGUCGGAGGGCGUGGAGGCCAGCAUCCUCGCGGAGCUGGCGAAGCGGGCCUCGGGGCCCAUCUGCCUGCUGCUGGGCGGCCUGCUGUCACUUGUCUCAGCCGCCAGCGCCUGCCGGGUCUUCCAGCUGUGGCCCCUGUCCUUUAUCUGGAGCAAGCUCUCCACAUGUCAGCAGCUCAGGCACCGGCUGGAGCAGCUCACGUUUGUCUUCAGCACCCAGAAGGCCGAGAACCCCACCCAGCUGAUGAGAAAGGCCAAUGUUCUUGUCUCUGUGCUUCUUGACGUGGCCCUUGGUCUUGUGCUGCUGUCUUGGCUUCACGGGAAGGACCGGAUCGGCCACCUGGCAGAGGCGCUCGUCCCCGUGGCUGAUCACGUGGCCGAGGAGCUCCAGCAUCUCGUGCAGUGGCUGAUGGGAGCCCCUGCUGGGCUGAAGAUGAACCGGGCACUGGACCAGGUCCUGGGCCGCUUCUUCCUGUACCAUCUGCACCUGUGGACCAGCUACAUCCACCUCAUGUCCCCCUUCAUCGAGCGCAUCCUGUGGCACGUGGGCCUCUCGGCCUGCCUGGGCCUGACGGUCGCCCUGUCCAUCCUGUCAGACAUCGUCGCUCUCCUCACCUUCCACAUCUACUGCUUCUACGUCUACGGCGCCAGGCUGUACUGCCUGAAGAUCUGUGGCCUGUCCUCGCUCUGGCGUCUGUUCCGGGGGAAGAAGUGGAAUGUUCUGCGCCAGCGGGUGGACUCCUGCUCCUAUGACCUGGACCAGCUGUUCAUCGGGACCUUGCUCUUCACCAUCCUGCUCUUCCUCCUGCCCACCACGGCCCUGUACUACCUGGUGUUCACCCUGCUUCGGCUCCUGGUGGUGGCCGUGCAGGGCCUGAUCCAUGUGCUCGUGGACCUCAUCAACUCCCUGCCGCUGUACUCCCUCGGCCUCCGGCUCUGCCGGCCUUACAGGCUUGCAGCCGGCGUGAAGUUCCGAGUCCUGGAGCAUGAGGCUCAUAGGCCCCUCCGCCUCUUGAUGCAGAUAAACCCCCUGCCCUUCAGUCACGUGAUACGCACCUACCGCCUCCCCAGCUGUGGCUGCCACCCCACCCACUCCUGGGGCUCCCUGUGCCGCAAGCUUUUCUUCGGGGAGCUCAUCUACCCCUGGAGGCAGAAAGGGGACAAGCGGGACUGACGGACCCUGGCCCCCGGCCCGCCCGGCACCGCCACACGGCCACAGUCAGCCCUCCACCCUGCCGGGGACGCUGACUGUCAGGACGGCACGCAUCCGUGCCGUUUGCCUUCUGUGCCCCCGGUUGUCUGAGGCCUCUACAUCUGCCCCUGGC